AUGCAGCUUAUUUCGCUUUCAGGGAUCUGUUCCUUUGAAGUCACGGAAGACAUGCCCGAUUACAGGGUCAUCGGGGUCAUGAGCGGCAGUUCGCUCGACGGCCUCGAUAUCAUCUACGUGACUUUUCAGGUCAACGGCGACACUUGGAAGUACAAAAUCGAGCACACCAAUUGCCAACCGUACGGUAAAUAUUGGACAAACAAGCUCCAGCACGCAGCGCGCUCGAUGAGCGCCUUGGAGUACCAGCUGUUUCACACCGAAUACGGCCGCUACCUCGGAGACUGCGUCAACAUUUUUAUCCACGACAAGCAGCUUCAGGGAAAAGUUGACUUAGUGGCCUGUCACGGCCACACUGUGUUUCAUCAGCCAGCUCAGCUGACAACUGCGCAAGUCGGGGAUGGCGCUGCUGUUGCUGCUGUGACUGGACUGCCCACUGUCAGCGACUUCAGAUCAGUAGACAUUGCUCUGGAAGGCCAAGGCUCCCCAUUCUCGCUGGCAGCAGAGAGGAAGCUCUUUGGCAGCGAAUACCAGUACUUCCUGAACAUAGGAGGCAUGGCAUGCCUUACAUAUGUUGACAAGUGCAACAAAGACAGCUUUGCCAUGGAUGUCUGUCCUGCCAACCAGCUUUUGAACCUCCUCGCUGAGCAUGAGGGUCAAACUUUUGACAAUGAAGGGAAGAUAGCAGCUGCGGGAACUGUUAACACUCGGCUACUGCAGGACCUGGAUGGUUUCACCUACUACAUGAAACCCCUGCCAAAGUCCCUCGGCGUGGACUUUGGCCCAGAAAUCCUUUACCCGUUGAUAUGUGCCCGUGACUUGUCCACUCCCGAUGCCAUGCGGACUUUCAUGGCACACAUCUGCAACCAGGUGGUGGCAACGGUGUGUGCUGUCAAAAAGAGAGUUGGUGACGAGUAUCCGGGCCACUGCAAGAUGCUGGUAACUGGUGGUGGUGCCCGUAACAAAAUGCUUGUGGACGAGCUGACCAAAAUGCUCAAACAUCAAGAUAUUACCGUCACCGUGCCGACGGACGAACUUGUCAAGUUUAAGGAAGCCCUCAUGACUGCUGUCCUUGGUGUGCUGAGGGUGAGGCAAGAGGUCAACUUCUUCAGCAAAGUUUCAGGAGCAAAGCGCGAUUCUGUGGGUGGUGCACUUUGGUGUGGGGCAGUCAAGCAAGCUUAGCACAUUUAUCUUGGCUGCCACCGAAGACCUCGCACAAGUUGCCUCAUGUCAUUCCUCAUUGAUAAGGCGGAAAUUGUUUUGGUGCCACAACAAUGUUACUGAAGUACCAUUUACUAAACUUUUCAUUGUGGAAGACUAAAAAAAUGAGCAAUAGGAGAUGCCUCGUUAUGACAUUCAACAUUGGAAGUGCCUUAUGCACUCGUGCCAGCCAUGUUUGUUCCUGAUAAAAUUAUAUUUAAGAGCCACAAUUGUGACCCAUGUAGCUUGCUGGUUCACAUCACAAAAAUAUCACGAGUACCUGCUUUGUGCCUACAUGUUUAAAAGGUGCCAGUGAAAUUGAGCUAUGCAAUGAUAGAAAUUGUACAAUAUUUUUUUUACAAUGCCGAGUACCGAUUGCCUUCUUUACAGUUUUGUACCUUGGUGUUUGUUACGAGUUAUAUCACAGUAAAGCAAUUUUUUAACAACA